GUUUGAUUUGGUUGGAAAUGUUGAGCUGGAGAAACAAUUUGUUUACUGUCGAAUUUCAUCUAUUGGUUGAGAUAAACUCAAUAUCUGUUCCCUUAGCUCGAAGUUUUCCCGGAAGAUCGAAAGGAUCAGAUCUGAUUGCACAUAUUUGCUCUUACUUGAAAAUUUGCGAGUAUCACUAUUUUGGAUUAUUGUACAAAAAACCUUCAGGACAGCUUAGAUGGCUGAAUGAAGAAAAAACAAUUAGUCGUCAGUUUAAAUCGAACCGAAGCGUGAUUGACUUAUUUUUUCAAGUGAAGUUUCAUGUACCGAAUCCUGACCGACUCGAAUAUGAAGCAACACGUUAUCAGUUCUUUCUUCAGGCGAAGCGAGAUAUUUUAAAUGGCGUUUUAAUGAUCAAUAACUACGAAGUCCUAGCAAAACUUUUUGCCCUAGUUUUGCAAUCCGAACUCGGAAAUUAUUCACCCGAGCGAGAUACAGAAAAUUACAGCUCCCAGUUUAAUUUCAUUCCUUUGCAGAGUUUUGAAUUUGAAUUCAGGGCGCAAGAAAUUCAUAAAACUCUGAAGAAUAUUUCCUCAGGUGAGGCUGAAUGGCGUUUUCUACGAGAGGUGAAAAACCUUGAUUUUUACGGUAUGAAAACACACCUAGCGUUCGGUGAAAGUGACCGUGAGUUUGAAAUUGGUAUUUCAGCUAAUGGGUUGUAUAUUUUUUAUGAGCAAUCGCGCCGAGCGAAUCACUCCUGGAGUCGUGUGACGAAGGUCGAACGAAGCGGUCAUAAAGUCUCAUUUUUUACCGUCGGACGAAACCCGAAGCCAGAUUGUCUACAAUUCAAGUGCUCCUCAAAAGAUGCUGCUAAGCAUUUAUUCGAUUGUGCGAAUCAGCAUAAAAAGUUCAAUGCGAAUUAUGAAAUAAACGACUUGUCGGGAAAGUUUUCUCAUAAAGUUGUAAAUGAAAGCAACGUUUAUGCUCAGCUUGAAUCGAGUUUGAAAUUUGAAAGAUGUCCAAUGAAACGACAACCGAAACGAAAACUUCCCGAUCGGAUUUUAUAUGUUCAAAGCAACGAGCAGUCAAGUGUUUCGAGGUCCAGUGGCAUUUUUAGUAAUAGUGGUUUGAAUUUAGCCAACCGGAACUCCAUUAUGUUGCCUGGUUCACGAGGUCUUAGAAACCGAACUCCUAGAAACCGCGUGGCGAAGUACUAUGUGCCUAGAUCAUCUGCAGGUAGCGACUCGGAAGCACUUAAUGGAAAUCGAGUUCGAACCGGAGGAAGUGCUGGUUUUAUGAGAAAUGUAAAUUCUGUAUCUAGUGUCCCAAUUUCGAGAAAAGUUUAUAGGAUGUCGGCAUUUGAUAUCGACUGCGCAAGUGACAUGGAGUUCCAGUCAGAAUUUUCAUCAAGAGUACCCGACCUUAAUAAUUCAAAACGGUUCAAGCAUGCAAAUGAUUUGAACAAAAAUAUGUCUGAAAGCACCGAGGACCAAAUGCAUGUUGCGCAGUAUCAUAGCCGCCAAGUAUCUCAAUCUAGUCGAAUAGGCCUCAAAAUUCAAAGCAGCCGAACCGUGAAUUUAAACUUAGAAAACGAUAGACCAGAAAAGAUUAUUCCGACUGUUCGGAUCCAUGAUUCCGAAGCGCGACCAGAAGGAAACAAGGAACCGAAGUCUCCGCUGCCGACGUAUGAACAACACAUGAAUUCUCGCAACCAGAUAAAGAGAUCAAAUUCGGCCAAAUACCGCGAUGAGAACUUAGCUGCCGUUGUAGCCAGUGAUGUUAAUGGAAAUGUGUUGUCUCCGAUUUUGCCGACCGCUGAAAGAACUAUUUUUGCCUCAAAAAGUGCUGUUAAUGUAAAACCCACUUCCAGUUUUGCUAGAUUGAAGCAGUUGUCGAAACAAAAAGAAACUUCUUCUGAUUCGCCAAAUUUGUACCCGGAACUUCAAAACGGCAAGGAAAAUCUGAAACCCGACUCGAGGAAUGUAGCAGGUGACAACUCAGCUGAAUCGGAUUGUUUUCAAAUUUCGUCCACUCCUUGCUCGCCAAAAACAAGAUCUGUUCGCAGUUUCAUCAUGAACGAACCUUCCCCUGUUGCAAGUUUGAGGAAAACAGGAAGUGUACGCUCCACAAAUAAUCUGAAAAAGGAGCACUCGUCUAAAGAUGCUACUUCUGCUGCGAGUAUGAUAGCGUCAUGCGUUAAUGGAAUAGCAUCUCAAGUGAUUAUGCAAACCACAGCGGAUACUUCCGGGUUUGAGAGAAGUACUUUUACUGUUUAUUUGUAAAGAUUCGCUUUGAAGUGAAUUGAUUAAGGUGUAAGAGCAGUAUUAUUGAUGAGCACCAUGAUUAUAUCAGAUGAUUCGUCCAUAAUCAGCUAGGGUUUUUCUAAAAGGUCUUUGACCAUUUUAUCCACCUUUUUUAUCAGCCCAUUUGUUUUCUAGAUUUUGAAAUUGUCUGAAUCCUCCCAGCUAGAAUAAUCGAAUUCCCGAAAAUUAUAUUGGCUCAUCAGAAUUCAGUAUUCAAAACUUCUAUGUGAAAAAUUACUUAGAAAUAAUUUGUUAGGACCCCUUCAAUCGUUUAAAAACUUACUUUCUUUUUAAUAAUUUGGCUUAUAGGUCUAAUAAUGUACGUUUUGGUUGGGUCACCAAUUUCCCAUAGGAAAGAAGGAGCGAUGAAAAAACCAAAGCCUCAAUGAAACAGAACUCACUAUGCGUUGGAACAGCUUGAUAAAGGACCCGUGCCAGUUUUGCUGCCUCUUCUGCGAAGUUUUUGACACUUGAUGUUCCGGCGGGCGAGUGGUUGCGAUCACUGUUCAGACUGCGGACUACCAUAGACUGCGGAAACCAUAGAAAAAUAUCAGGGUUGGAAUCAGAGUUUUUACUGACUUUAACAAAAAAGAACGUGUUAAAUCAAUUAACAUAGGCGAUUCAACAAUCGCAACAAGCGACGGAGGAAGACGAUGCGUG